AUUUUUCAUACAAUUGUGUUUCAAUGUAGAUUAAAUAUAAAUUGUAUAUUGUAUUAUUGUAUUAACUUGAAGAAUAUCAGUACAGAAAAUGGAACGUGGACCUGGUAAAAGAAGAAUCAAACCACCUGCUAACCUAGAAUUAAUAGAGUUUUACAGUGAAAGUUCAUCUGAUAGUGAUUUUAAUAUUGAAGAUCACUAUGUUAAUAGUGAAUCAGAUUCUGGAGAUUCAAAUUUCAGUUUUGCAAAUGAUGAUGGUAAUAAAAAAAAAACUGAAAAAAAUGAUGACGAUGAUACUAAAUGUAACGAUGAUAGUAAGAUUAUUGAUUGUAUUAAUGUCACGACACCUCGUCAAGAUGAUUCUAUAAAAGUGAAUAUUAAAGAAAUAGUAGAUACACUUCGUAUUUGCAGUAUUUGUUUAGGCGAUGUUAGUGAUGAUGUAAAUGAGUUAAUAGAUUGUGAUGAAUGCGGUAUAUCAGUUCAUGAAGGUUGUUAUGGCGUUAAUGAUUCUGAAAGUGUAAAUUCAACUAUUUCAUCAUGCUCUAUGGAACCAUGGUUUUGUGAAGCUUGUAAAGCAGGAGUAGAAAAUCCUACUUGUGAAUUAUGUCCUAAUUUUGGUGGGAUAUUUAAAGAGACAGAUAAUGGAAGAUGGGUACAUUUAAUAUGUGCUCUUUAUGUUCCUGGUACAAUAUUUGGUGAUGUUACAAGUCUCAGUAAACCUAAGUUAUUUGGAUAUGGUACACCUCAAUGGGGUAAUAAAAGAUGUACUUUGUGUAAAGAUUAUAAAUUUAGUAGCACUGGAGCGACUAUAUCAUGUGAUGCUGGAAUGUGCCGAACACAAUUUCAUGUUACUUGUUCUCAACAAGAAGGAGGUUUAUCAGAAAUGACGAGUCCAGAAACUGAUCAAUCAGAUCCAUUUUAUGCUCAUUGCAAGAUGCAUGCAGACAAACUACUAGUAAAGAAAAAGAAAAGAAAUUGGGAAAUACUUCAACUAAGAACAAAGCAAAUGAAAUUAAGGCGUGAACAACAGUCUUUAGAAAAAUCAACUUCAUGGCAACGUAAUCAACAAUGGCUUGGAAAACUACGAUCUAAGUAUAAUCAAAUGAAAAAACUCAGUCAAACAGAUUCAACAAUUAAAUCUAAAGUUCCUCGUGCCAUUACAACAUCAGCUUCAUCAUGUCGAGCUCUUUGGUUAAAAGCUGACUUAAUGGGUAUAAAUUCAACAUCUCAAGAGGUUAUUGAAGGACAAAUAAAGGAAUUGCGUGACAUACCAAAAAAAUGGAACGUACUACCCGCAUUUAGUUUGGAAUUCGUAAGUUAUUUCUCAGAUAGAAAUUUAAGAUUGACAAAAUUGAAAAAUCAGCUAAAACAUUUUACUGAUCAGAACAUAAAACUCCGUGAUAAACAAAAAAUUGUACAAGAAAAAUAUAAUCAAGAAUCCAAAAAAAAUGAAAUUCAGAAACAAAAAUAUUUGGAACUUGAAAAUAUUAUUAAAGCAUACCAUUAUAUAAUUAAUUUGUACAAUCCUAACGCUAAUAUUUUAGAUGUAAAUAUAUUUGAUAAAGAAGUUCAAAACGAUCAUAAUUCUUUUAAUAGUGUCUCAUUAGAUUUGUAUAACAAAUGUAGUGUUUGUAGUCAUACAAAUGAUCAACAUUUACUGGUGAAGUGUGACACAUGCAAAUUAUACUAUCAUUUGAGUUGUUUAAGUCCACCACUGACUAGAAUGCCUAAGAAAACAAAAUUAUUUGGAUGGGAAUGCAGUAACUGUGAAAAUAGCGAUUUUUAUUCAAAACAACAAAAAAUUGAUCCAAAUGCACCUAGAAAAUUAAGAUGUGAUGAAAGUGAGCAAUCCAUAUCAAGCAAUCAUAAAUCUUCAUCUUUUAAUAACAAAUUACAGGAUUUAAAUAGUUUGACAAAACAGCAUAAAAUGCUCAGUGUAUUAAAAAAAGAAAAACAAAAUGAAUCAAACAAGAAAGAGUAUUCUUUAGAUAUUAUAACAAAACAAGUUAAAGCUGACAAACGCAAACAUCAGUAUGAUAGUAAUUAUAAGACUUCAGAAUUGGAACCAUUUGAUAGUUCCCAACCCAACUCAACCCAACAUGGAAUUAAGCUAUUUAUUAAAUCGGUACCAAGUACUAGUGGAGUUAAAACAACAUCAUCAAAAUUAUUUAUUGGAUUACCGGCAGAUAAAUCACCACCGAAAUCUACACUAACCAAACCAGAAAAAUGUAUUCCGCCACUCAGAAUUAGCACCAUAUCGACAGAUACUAUUAUGUUGACUCCUAAAUGUUAUGCUUGUGGUUUAACUGGAAUUAGCGCUACAAUGGUUCAGUGUGAUGAAUGCAGUGAUUAUUAUCAUUUUUGUUGUCUUGAUCCCCCGGUAAAAAAAACACCAAAAGUUAUCGGUUAUUCAUGGCACUGUGCAGAAUGUGACCAAACGGACAGUGACUGAAAAUACUUGGAAGCACAAUUUUACACUAUUAUUUUUAAUGAUUAUUUGUAUUCAAAAUUUUUAAAUAAAAU